GUCGAGAACAUAGAGAGAAAAAGAAUCGGAAGGAAAAACUUUCGAAAAUUUGAUCUAAUCUAUAGCCAAUCGAAAAAGAAGCUGAAUAGGAAGAAUAUGAGGAAUGAAGCUGAAGUAAUUUGCAUAAAAGGCAUCGAACAUGAUCAUGAAAGAUGUGGUUGCCUCCACGCUGCUCUCCACUGGUUUGUUUGCCACUACGUUCACAAGCUGAGGUGGCAACCCGAUUCAGACACUUUUGAGGUUGAUAUGAUGACUUGGCUUGCCACAUUUACCCCAAAGACACUG